CCUAGCUCAACAAACAUUUACACAGUGUCUACCACAGCUCUGUGGCAAUGACUACGAGAUGUAGCUUAAAUCUGCAACUGCCAACACAGACACAGCUGCAGAUUAUCCCUGAGGAUUUAUACAUGAAUGGAGUGUACCAUGUGAUCAGCGGGGGUGGGCCUGUGGAUCCUGUCAGAGAGGUAAGCAGCAGGUAAAGGUUCUUCGGAUGAUUUAGCUCUAAAAUCAUGUUUGAUUCAGCUGAAAGUGUUUAGCUGUACUCACAACAAGAAAAUCACUCACAUUUCAUACAAUCUUAGUCUUGAAAUCUUUAACUUUGUCAAACUUACAGAAUAAGACAUAGAUGUGACUGGAAAUUAGCCUUCUUGUAGAAUGCAAUGAGGUUGAUCCACUGAGUGAUGAGUUGGAUUGGUUUGGAGCCAAAGAUCAAAACUGUUGAAAAAACACAAGAGCAAACUUGUAAAAAAUCUUUUGCCUGAUGUGUUAAUAAUUCACCAGCAACUGUAAAGUGACAUAACUAACCAGCAACUUUCAGCUAAGACUCCUCAAUGACCAACUCACUGAACAUCUACUCAGGUCAUUUGUUUAACUAGGUUUGACUUAAGUAGGUCAUAUUGAAUCAGCUUGUUCUAUCAAGUUUUUGGGAUUCAAAGGGAGCAGAAAAAUCCAAAUAAAAACAUGAAAUCAGUCACUGGCUGAUGAUUGCUCUUAUAUGGUGCUUCUUGCUAACAUGUAAGCAGCAAUAAUACAUUUGCAUUAACAAGAAAUAGGCAACCAAUAUGCUCUUCUUUUACUUAAUUUAAUAACUUGUCACUUAAAUUCAUAAUAAAUGGUGUUUGGUUGGUUUAUCUGACCGUAUUGUGGCAGAAAGCCGGCUGAUAUUUUUUGAGAGGAGGGGGUGAUGAAACACAGAUGCAGGAGACUCCUGGGCUUCACAGGCAAAGCAUCUUAGACAGAAGUAGACCACCACCACGAACAGAGACUAAAAAUAACAAGGAUAAUUUUAAGACAUAUGGGAUGGUGAAAACCACAUUUCUCAAAUGUUGCUUGAAUUGGUCCGUUUAAAAUCAUUGAUUUGACCUACUGUGUGGGACUGUUUAAGACAGUUCAGGCAUCAGUGCAGAGUUUGUUGACACAGUUAUCCAAAUAGAACACAAUAAGUGAAAUGCCUGAUAUUUGUCAUCGAAAAACACCAUCAGAUUCAAUAUUCUUUGUUCUGUGAUACAUAAUAAUGCAUAAUUUAACAUGGUCAUGCUCUGUUUUGUGGGUCUUUUGGCAGUAUAGUUGCAGUUGUAGAGUAAUAUAUAUAUAUAUAUAUAUAUAUAUAUAAGUCCAAUAGGUGAAGAGUUUAAGCAGAAACAUGAUCAGCUUCAUUCUGCUGCGUUUGGCUUUCAUCCAUCUGUCAGCCUCAUCUAGGGAGGACUUCCACCUCUCCUGGUGAUACUACACACAUACAUACACACAUACACAAGCGUACGGUGGUCACACAUAGUUGCCUAGCAACUCAGAACAAACAGUGAACAAACAUGAAGACUAACUCAUCAUUACUGAGCCUGUAGUCUCUGUCUGAGAACGUGUGAGGGCUCUGAUAGGUAUGGUGGCCCUGAAGUUGGAUAUAUUUAAUCAGGCAUAAAAAUACAUUUAAAGACAGAAAAACUUCCAAGAUAACCUCCAAAUUAAAAAAUAUAUUUUUUUUUACUAACACAAAAACAUUUUUUAGUUAUCAUCAUUUAAGUCAAACCAAAUACUUUGUAUAAUUUUUGCACUUUAUUUUUUUUUUCUUGUUUUCAUAGAAUAAUAUUGUUUUGUAAAUCAUCUUACAGUUUUGUUGGAUAUUUUUGCGUUUUUCUAUACUAUUUCUGCAUUUUGUUAAAAUGUUUCUGGAUUUUUCUGAAUUGUUUCAUCAAAUAUCUUUGCAUUGUGUUUGCAAAAUUUUGCCAUUGUGUUAAAAUUUGUAUGCAUUUUAAGAAAUGUUUUUAUGUACUGCAAAAUGUUUUUGUGUUGUUCAUUUUGUGAAUCUUUUUCUUUUGUCAUUCUUGCAUUUUUUAAAUUUAAUAUUUCUAAGCUUUCUGCAAUACUUUUGUGUUUCACAAAUACAGUUUGCUAGAAUGUCCUCAUGUUUCAUGAAAUAUUUUUGUAUUUAGUAAAACUCUAAGCAAUUUGUGAAUGGAAAUGUUUGCAGGAUAAUAAAAUGCUUGUGCAGUUUUCUGUUAGGGCCAACGUUGCUCAUCAUGAGUCCAAAUUGGUAGAAAGCAGAUGUUUUUAAAAAUAUAUAUGAUUUAUGUUUUAUUAGUUGAACAGAUGGAGAUCAUGACAGUGGUGCAGCUGUAUCAAGAUUCAGCAGGGUGUAAAGGUGUCCCUUUGUACCUACUGUAUGAUAUCCCCACUGUAACACAACAUGACCAGUAAGUACUUUAUACAGUGUCUGUAUCUCAUAAUCAAAUAAGGCCAUCAGUCUUCGCAGUUUAUCACAGGUUAAAGCAUAAAGCUUCUAUAAUAUGAUAGUAUAGUGUUUUUCUUUUAUUUUGAAAAUCUGUUUGCAGGCUUUCUGCUGAUGUUUCUGCUGUCAGUAUUCAGAGCCUUGACUGUGUCUCCUGUCCCAUCAUGCCCUGCUUCCUGUGUGGUUUGCUCUAAUGAUGCCAUUAUCUGUCAUAGACUGGCUCAUAUUAUUGGUAACACACACGAACACAGACAAAACACAGACAUACCUCAGUUUUUAAGACAGUUGUUGGAUAUUUUGCACUUGUCUCUCACAUAUGCUGCAGAAAUAUUUCUAUUAUAUUACUAAUAAUGAGACCUGAUGACCUCUUGUAUAAUGUACUUUGUGUUUGGUUUGUGCAUUUGUGUUUGAGUAGUUGCUCCAGACACGACCCAGGCUCUGCUGCUGACUGAGGGCUCCAUCUCCACAGUCCAGUCUCUCUCUCUGUCUGACCUCAGCAACAUCACAGUCAUAGGUCAGUCACUUUCUGUAUGUGUUUGUGUGCAAGACACAAACACACUGUUUAUGGGGGGUUACCCUCAAGGUGACUUUGAAAAUGGUGUCUGAAAUCCAACUACAUUUGUGUACCACACAGGUCUGAGUCAUAACCAGAUCUCUGUACUGAGUGAUCAGUCCUUCAGGAAGUUGCCCAUCCUCCACACUUUACUGCUGGACCACAACCUCCUGACCAGCCAGGCCCUGCAGGACGGAGCUCUGACCAACCUCACCCAGCUGGAGGUCCUUGCCCUGGGCCACAACCUUAUCAGCAUGGUGUGUAACACCUCAGCAGGAACAAUGUAUCUGAGGGAAUAUUGAGGUUGACUGGUUUUAGUUGAGGGUUGUACUUUUUAUUGAAAGAGCUGGGCCAAUGAUGGGGAUAAUGAAAGAAAACCACACUAGCAGAGGUUUGAAAUAAUUAAAGAAUAACAAUAACAGUGAUAAGCUUAUUUUAGGGCUGUCCCAGUAUACCAAUAUUGACGAUAACUCUUCUUUACUUCAAGAAAUGAAGUAUUGAUAUUGUGCAAAAAAAGAUUAUACUGUAAUACCAUGAGUUUGUUGUACUAAUUCUUUAUGCUGGUUGUCACAUGUCAUAAAAAUGAGGAGAAACAAAACAGCUGCGGCUAGUGAACGAACUUUAGCAACACUGAGAGAUGAGCAGGCACUUGACUGUAAAAAAUUACUGUCAUUAAGAAACACAGUCGAGUGUGUGCCUUUUCAGGUUACCAGUCAGAUGAACAUGAAUGCUUUCUCAGCUUUCUUUUGACUGUUUUCAUUCAGUUCUGUACCAGCCAUAGUAUAUUUCAAAAUAAAAGCAUGAUUUUGAGAUACAGGAAAUAAAGUAACCUACAAUCAAGACAGAAAAAAUAACUAAAUAAAUGCUCUCAAUCAUAUGCAGAAAGUUUCAGUCACAGGGCUGGUGAUAUGGAUAAAUCAUAAUUCUGAAGAUCCUUAGAAAUAGAUGAUAAGAUGUAAGUAAGCUUUGUCUAGUAGUUAGGCUUAUGAAGUAAUGUGUUGCUCCUUCAUAGGCCUGCCUUUUUUGUCAUUUGACUGAUGGCAAUAAGAUCACUAUCAUGAUAGUUUAUGGGAAUGAUAAUGGUGAGGUGAAAACAGACCUGUUUUAUUUUUAUAUUGUCUUCACGUAAAGUGAUCAGACGGUGCUUCACAAAUAAGGUGAUUAUGGGGAAACAAAACAAAAGUAUCCAAAAAAUACAGUGGAUAAAAACAUUCAUAGCAAUAACAAUAGGAUUAGAGUUAGCAACAAAACACAACGGAUGCAAUGUUGUGUGUUGUUGCAAGCAGUACAAUCGGUACAAAGGGGUCAAUACAAGCAGUUCUGUCUUUUCAGUAUUCAGGUGUGAACAGUUUUCUGCCAUCCAGUCUUUUAAGGCACUAAAACAGUUUAGAAGGUCAGACAUUUUGAGGAGUACAUUUUUGUUCGACAUCCUUUCAAUUACAGAAAUAUCUCCAUCGAAUGAUUUGAAAUGAUCAAAUGAAUUCAAUCAAUUUGAAAUGAUCAAGUUUUCUGAUAACUCUCUGUGUUGGUAAACAGAUCCAAGGUGGCUGGUUCAAGGGUAACAGAGCUCUGCGGAGUCUGAAACUGGAGGGAAACCUGCUCACCAGUGUUGUGACUGGAUCUUUCCCAGAGGAUGACCUAGCAGAGCUGGAGAGUCUGGACCUGUCUGAUAACCUGAUUUAUCAUCUAGAUAGAAACAGGUUGUUGUACAUGUUGUACAAAAUGUUCUAUUUGUCCCUAUUUUUUAAGAAAUAGUGCACGGUUUGCCUUUCUAGGGACUGUACUUCUGAAUUAAGCAGACAGAUACACAAUUUUUUUUAUCAACACCAUUGUAUCGUAUCCUCUGUGCUCCUGUCUCUCUGUCUCAGCUUUGGCGGGUUAGUGAGUCUGCACACUCUGGAUCUGUCCAGAAACCGUCUCAGUUCUGCUCCCGUUGAGGCCUUUUCCUACCUGAGCUGGCUGACAAACCUCAACCUGGACCUCAACACCUGGAACUGCUCCUGUCAGCUGCUGGAGCUGGCCAGCCUCCUGUACAACUUCAUGCAACAACCUGACAAGGUACAGAAACUCCUCGUCCACUAGCCCAUGUUUCUAAAACAGCUUUACAUACUAAAAAGUGAUUCAAGCACUUGCAACAGAGUGGAAACAUUAAAAAAUGACUUCUAUUAGAGGGACAAAACAUCAAACAAACAAAAAAAAAGAUUGGGCAGCAUUUUUUUCAGCUCUUCUUCUACUCUGCCUUCCAGUGCACUGGAUGAGUGAAAAAAUCAUUCAAAUGGUGAUGCAAGCAUGAAAUUUGGCACAAAUACUCUCUGAGGGGCACUCUUUUGAAAAAUGUCUUUAAUUUUGGAGUGUCUACUGCCAUUUUUUAAAAGAGCGGACCUCAGAGCGUAUUUGUGCCAAAUUUCAUGCUUGCAUCACCACUUGAACGAUUCUCUUGAAAUAUGCAAUUAUCUGCUGCCCUAUUCAGAAAAACAGAAAAAACACUUAGUUCACAUAUGUUUUGCUUAUACAUGGUUUGAUGUUAAAUCUACUGAGACAGUAACAGCAGCAACAAAAAUGACUAUCCAAACUGACACAUACACAUUUAGCAUGGUGAUUUGUACACGAGGCACGGCAGCAUUAAUUCUGUAAAACUCAGGACAUGCUAAUAGUGUUGAACUCUCAGUAUCUAUCUGAUAUCAGAUGACAUCCUCUGGAGUUGACAUGAAAAGAGUAGGCUUUCAGUCUUUGGCCCAUACAGGGCAGAGGUUCAGCUGCUCUGUAAGGAGAUGCCAGUGAAGUUAUCCUUAUUCUGAGAUCAGCACCAUACCGUAUCAUGCCGUAUGGAGCUGAUGAGGAACUUUUCCUAUGUCUCCAGAGGCUCUGUCCCGAUAAACACUUCAUUAGGCUGUACCAGUAAAACUAAGUGUGUACACUGCAGCUCAUCUCUGUGUAUACAUACUUUGUUAAAAAGGAAUGCCUAUAGUGAACCCUUACGGCUAUCAUAAUGUCUUACUAAUGUUCCCUCUAAAUAUCAGGAAAACACUGGUUUCUGGCUUUGGGCCUCUUUUUAAAUAUUAUUCUGGCAAUAAAAAAGGAAUAUGUGUGUAAAUGGAUGGGCAACACUGAAGCGUUUGUAAUUAAUUGAACAAUAAACAUGUUGUACACAAACAUUACAGACAUGUGCUCAAAAGUUCCAUACAGAAAAUUCAGAGGGGGGGGGGGGGGGGGGGGAGCAUAUAAAUAAACAAAUGAGAGAGACGUAUGAUAUUGCAAAAUUGGUUUAAUAACAAAUGCUUUAUUCCUCUACAAGAUACUCACUAAAAAUGUGACAGUACUGUCAAAUUAUUUAAAGAUUUUUAAGUAUUGUUUAAGUUCAAAUAAAAAUCUAGUGCAUUUUUUCAUUUUUCAUGUAUGGCUAUGAAAUUUACCAACUUAGAUCAUUAAACUUUCAACAAUGCUGUGUUAUAUUUGGUGUGUUUGAAGUAUAUAGUAACACUUUUACAUCAUAUUUAGUUUUACGAAGCAAAGAGCAACUGUGGUAACUUCUGCACAGAAGAUAGAGAGCCACUAAAACUUUUCAGAUCAGACCAAACUUUAUCUUAGUGAGAUGAGCAGGCACUACACCAGAAGGUAAAACAGGUACAACAGCAAACUGCCAAAAUCCCCCGAAGAAGAAGAACAACAAGAACAAGAAAAAGAACAAGGACAAGGACAAAAACAAGAACAAGAACGAGAACAAGAACAAGAACAAGGACAAGAACAAGAAGACAGUCCUUAAGUAGAACCAACUCACUUGACUAUGGUGCCCCCCCCCCCCCCCCCACCCCCAAGGGUAUGAUGUUUUUCCAUUAACUAGAUACUGCAGGAGUAUGUAGUAGACAGUUUAGAAUACAGCCAUUGUCAAAACCAAAGAACGAGAAAACAGAGGAAAUAUCUCUCUGGAUGAACUGCUCUAAACGUCUCCACUUACUGCUUUCAGAUGCUGUUCAACGGCAGACGGAUGGUGUGUGUGAAUGCUGAUAACCCAGCUGUGACCACGGUGUUAGAGCUGACCGAGGCCAACUGUGUCCUGUCCAAUCAGAACAUCACAGUGCAGGUAGAGAUGAGAGGGGGGGUGAUGCCUCAGCUGUACACUCGAGAUCUGGCCAUCACUGCAGUCACCUGUUUCAUUGGUAAGAAUAAUGACGAUACACAGGAAGGAAACAGUUUGAUUUGUUAAAUUUAGCUCUGCCACAAGCUCAGCAAUUCACACCACAAAUAAGCCAUACCACAAAAACCUUUGAAAAGGUUUAAAAUGUAUGUGGCAGCUACAGCGAGUGGAGGAGGAGCAUUGGUACAAUGUCUGUUCAAUGAUGCUACAUUUUUCAAUCGGAAUGAGAGUUUAAGUUGUCGGACAACACCACUCUGGGAGUUUCACCCAGAGUGGUGUUGUCUGUUAUGAAUGUGUAUAUUAACCAAUAAGGUUCUUUUUCUAUGAAGCCUUAUCAAUGCAUUUACAAUGUUUGAUGAGUUUACUAAGGGUGCAUCAUCAGUGAUAGGUUUAUCCAAAGACACACAGGUUCACCAUACUUAGACACCAGAGGCGUGGUUCCAGUGAUAACAAUAUAACUUUAUCUUUAAAAGUUACUCUAAACCACAGCACUCACACAAGGAGGGCAAGGGAAAAACAACAGACUGGAUAUGGGUGGGGUGGGGGGUGGGGGUUAGUGAAGGUAGGAGGGAUUUGCCAAAACAAACCUAAAAUCAAAAAGGUGUUACAGCCUCUCAUUGUCAUCUCAAAGCUCUCAUGUGCCAUCAUAACACAGACUUUUUAAAAUGUUACCUUUGCUGAUCAUGGAUCAAAACAUUUGGAUUUGUAUAUUUGCCUUGCUGGCUGUAAGAUUUGGGCUUUCAGUAGCCAUGAUACUGCACCGUUCUCUUCAUUUUGAAUUGUAUGUGUAGCCUGUGGAAUUUAUUGCCACAUUCCAUGUUUUAUUUUGCAGUGCCAUUCUCUCAGCUGCUUUCUCAUCUGAAUACUGUCGGGCUCUCUCAUGUGCCUGCCUGAGCCUCCCUUGAUGAACAGAUAACCAAUAUUGCUUUCUGUCGGACACACUCUCGUGCCUUAGUAUCAUACUUACAGGUAGAUGUGGUUGAACCCUAAAGAGCAAAUAAUAAGGAGAGUAGCCUGUGGAAGAAUGCAGAGUGACGUUGUAGGCAAACACGAGCUCAGGAAGGGGCACUGGCUAACGAACGCCAUUUUUGUCUGGAGGCAGUGUCCUAAGCAAAUCAUGGAGUGUUGGAUUGUAUCUUUCACACUGAACAUUCCCUUGUGGCCUGUACGGAGUCGUUUGAGUCUUUUCAACCCCAUAGAGUUUACACAGCUCUGCAAUGACUUCGCUCUCAAAAUUUCUCCCUUGGUCUGAAUGUAGUCUCUCAGGAACACCAUAUUUCAUGAACCACCCACUCAGUAAAACUCCUGCAGUACUUUCAGCUCUCUGAUCUUUGGUAUGAUAUGCCUGAGUGAACUAUGUGAAAACAUAAUUUACAACAAUGAUGUUUGGAGCCAUCUGAGAAUGGCUCCAAUACUGUAAAAUUGACAGCCACUACCACUAGAGGCCUGGAGGCCAGAAAUGUUUGAAAUAAAGUCUUGAUUUUCGGCUGGGGCAUCUUAGUCAAAAUGCACCUCUCACAGUUCUUAACCUAGGUUUCAACAUCCUUACGAAACCCCAUCCAGAAACCUCCUCCUCUCAACAGGUUAAGAGUGCACUCUUGACUCCCUCACUACAUUUACAUGCAGUCAUUAACCCUUUUAAACCCAAAUAUUAGCAAUACCCCAGUUGCGCACAGCCGUGUAAACACCAAUAACCCUUUUGAAAAAAUGGAAUAUGUUCAUAUUCCUGUUUUUCAAAACCAGAGAACCAGCCCUGGGUUACUCCUUUUCUAAUCUGAACAUUUGGUCAUGUAUACGCCGGUCGGGAUAUUCCCAUCUAAAGGAACAUUCAUUUGUGUUCUGCUUGCAAGGAAUCUUGGUCUUUUGAGUAUAUGUAGUCAUAGUUGUAAAAUACAUCAUGACGCUCUCCGUGCAUUAGGAUGUUGUCCAUGGAUCGCUGUAUUGAUCAGGAUACCAUGUUAAUAGGAAUAACCUUGUUUGCUCACACAUGUAAACAGGCUAUUCCGAAUGUUUCAGAAACCCGAAUAUUGACUGCAUGUAAAAGUAGCUGAUGCUCCAUGUUGUUGUGUGUCUCCAGUUGAUUUCUUUUUCUUGUUUGACUUCUGGACACAACACUGUAACAUGAAUGAUGUCACAGUCUGACUGUCUGUCCUGUUAUACUCCAGGUGGUGUGGGUUUAGCUCUGCUGGUGGUCCUAAUCUUCUAUCAAGCACAUCAGAGGAGAAAACUGAGAGAAAGUAAACGUCAAAAAGUGGAAGAAGAGCGCAGCAGCACAGCAGCUAACCACCAAGUCAAUCAUCUGGAUGCUUAUCAAAAGAGGGGGGACAUCAUCUUGCAUGCAAACAGCAGCAAGCCUUGGGAGAGUGAGAGCAUGAUGCUAGAUAUGAGGAGCGAUGGUCAUGGUGGUCAGUUGAAGUCCAGAGAUGAAGGAAGCAGUCAUUUAAGGUGUCCAGGCUGCAAAGAGCAAAGAGGGGCAGAGCUAAACUCAAGAUGGAACAAGAGGAUAGAUGGUGAGAUGGAGCCCUAUGAGGAAAGAGAGAGGAUGAUGACAAAAGAGGAAGCAAGGCAGUUUGGAAAUGCGCAGGACACACUCAGGAGGAACAUUCCCAGCAAAAGUCUUUCCCACAGCAACACAAACUCCUCUUCUCAUCCUCAAAGAGAAACCUUCAGUCAGAGAGCAGAGGGUCUGAGAGAGAUGGAGGAGAGUUUGAGGACUGACAUGUCAGGAAGGAGCAGGAGAUUGAAUGAGACUUUCCACUGUGAGAGCUGCCACAGGACCUAUAGACCAGCAGAGCAAAACACCAAACAAGGGAGGAAUCACACCAACAUGAGAGACUCUGUCGUGUUUGAGAGGGUCCAUGCUCAGUACAGACAAAAUGACAGGUUCAGAAAUAUCAAUCAUAACCAGUUUGACGUCAUGAGGAGCCCAGUUUCAAGGAGGAAGGUGAGAAAUGUAACCUUUGACCUGGAGAGGGGACACAGUCAGGACAGGGGCAAGCAUGAUGCAGAGGGAGAGGAGUCUUUGAGAGAGGAGAGAGGGAGAGUGAGGCGACACAAAGUCCAGUCAGGUAAGCUACUGAGGGUGAAAUUAAACUUGAACCCAUUACGAAAAAGCAAAGUCCAUCCAAGGAGGAAAUCUGAGCAGAGCGACACAGAAAAUAGCCAUUUAAAGAGGACUAAAGAUAGAAGAUACAAUGGCAAGGAAAGAAGAGACAGGAAAGAGGCAAAAGGGGGCAAAAACAACAAAUCUUUAAAGGCUGAAGGAUCACUUGAGGAUGGUGAGGAGUCAAAGGAAGACAAGGGUACAAAAGGGAAGAAGAGCAAGAAAAGAGAUCCUUCCACAAAGGGGAAAGGCACUGAUGAAAGUAGAGGGGUUGAACAGAAGAAAGACUCUCCACCUGCCAACUCUGACCACGAACCAGGCUCAUCUACCUCUGCUGCUCAGGCUCAGAGCUUGCAGACUGGAGGCAUUCAGUAUCAGGGAGCUGGAUUUGUCCUGGGAGGUGCUCAACAUGUCUUAUCCCUCUCUGCAACUGACAGGAAUCAAACUACCAACCUCCCCCUGCUCGGUCCAGCAGGCUCACAGCUGUUUGGCAGCAGCCUCUCUCUUCAAGGCGGUAAUCCUCUGGCUCCAAGAUCAGCCACACUGUUUCCCAGUAGUUUAGCAGCUCCUAGCACAACCAUCUGUGGGCCAGGCAAAACUUCAGCUGUUGUCCAAGAUGGCUUUAUCAGGCAGGCUGGAGCAGGGUUUAUAGCUCCUGCUACGUCCCUUCAAGUUAACACUGGACAUGAAAACCCUUUGCAAUCUGGUGCGAUACAUCCCUCAUCUCUGCAGAGCUCCCAGUCAGUAGGGUUAGCCUCAAAUCUGACAGCAAACCCAGCUGUUGUUCCUGCACCAAUGCAGUCCUAUCUGCAGGGCAAUCUGCCUGUAGUCAGCUCUCCUCUUGUUGCAGCCCAGGGUCCAGGACUGCAGACAAAUAAAGGAGCACCCCAGAGCAAAGAGAGCCACAUUCUCCCCACUCAGGUUACUCCAAAUAUGGAAGGUUUGUCUGGGGUGACCCCUCAGACUCCUGGUCCUGUGACUACAGUGGAGGAUUUGUCCAACAGUAAGUCUCAGAUAGAGAUGGCACAUGUACCUGCUGAGGGUUUGUUUCUAAAUGAAGGACUCACAGCAGGAGAUACAGGGGGUGGCAUGCAGGCAGCAGAUGUUCCUGCACUCAGUUUGUCCACACAGAGUGUGUCUUCCACUGGUGAUGCAGGUAUGUCUCCCGCAUUACUGCAGCAGGAGUAUCUGUCAGAGGAAGGGGGAUCCUCUCCCAGGAGGAAACUUAGACUGAUUCUUCCUGAGAAGACAUCCAGCCGACCGCCUACUGCCCUGGAGAGAAAAAUACGAUAG